AUGGAAUCUGCCAUCAAUGUACUUGUCUCCCAGUUCAAGACCUUUGCUGGAAAGGAUGGAUCCUCAAACACCUUGAGCAAAGAGGAGUUCAGCAGCCUGGUGGCCUUUCAACUACCUACUUUUGUCAAGAACGCCAGCGAUCCAGCCGUGAUCGAACAGCUCAUGGGCUCGUUGGACGAAAACAACGAUGGGGAGCUGACAUUUCUGGAGUUUUGGCAGCUGAUUGGAAAACUUGCCAACAAGCAAGGGGGCUUUUAG